AUUUCCUUCGAGAUAGCUUAAAGUGUUUUGAAAAUAUUCUUCUCGCACAAUGUUGAAAACAAUUCUAGUAGCUGUUGCCUUAUCAACAUUGAUUGUGGUCAAAGCUCAUGAUCCCCUAUGCUAUGGAUGCCUUAAAACUAUGCCUGCUAAAGAUCUCAGCGAAACUGGAGUUGAUUUAAAGCUGGUUCUAAAGAAAUUGGCAGAGGAUAAUGGCCCCAAAUACAAACUUUCCCAGGUAAACUCAGGAAUAGAGCAACUAGGCUAUCGAUAUAAACUGAAAGUUGAUUUAGAUGACAAUGGCACUACUAAGACUUGCGAUGUCAUUCUAAUGAUGCUGCGAUGGGAGGACAAAAACUAUCAACUGACCUUGAAAUGUCCCAAUGAGCCAGAAAUUAAGAGAGCCUAUAAUAUUCAAUUAUACGAUUGAGACAAUUGACUCUUAUCAGCGAAUGAUUGUUGGAAUAUUUGUGAAAAACAUUUGUCGUAGGAAGUUACA